AUGAAACAGCAUUUAGCUUCAUUACCAGACAUUACUGCUCUAGAGACUGGGGAACUAAUCUCUGUCUACCUUUCAGUCGCUGAGGAAGCUAUCAGUGUGGUCCUGACCAUCGAACGAAACAAGGCUCAGGUACCCGUCUACUUCUUCAGUAAAACUUUAAAGUUGGCAGAGAACAAGUAUCCCCCGUUGGAAAAACUUACUCUUGCAUUGGUGAAAACAGCCAGAAGGCUUCAAAGGUAUUUUCAAGCACACCCAAUACAAGUGGUCACUGACCAACCCACUAAAAGUGUGCUUGAAAAACCUGAAACCUCCAAACGUCUAGCCAAAUGGGCAGUGGAACUAGAAAUUCCAAAGGAAACAAUAACGGAAGUCAACACAGCCUCCACUGAACCUUCUGACCCUGAUACCUGGAAGCUUUUUACCGAUGGAGCUUCUAGCCUUGAAGGGUCAGGGGCAGGGCUAGUCCUGAUCAAUCCUAGUGAAUUGGAAUUUACAUAUGCUCUCCAGCUUGAAUUUCAGAUUGCCAACAAUGAAGCCGAAUAUGAAGCACUAAUUGCAGGACUCAAAUUAGCCAAAAGGAUGGAUGUCAAAAAGCUUCAAGUCUUUACAGACUCUCUGCUCGUUUCAUGUCAAGUGAACGAUAGUUACAUAGCUAAAGAACCCAACAUGAAGAAGUAUCGAGAAAAGGCAAAGGAACUCAUAGGCACGUUUCAAUCAUGCACCAUCAAACAAGUCCCAAGGUUACAAAACAAGAAAGCCGAUGCACUAAGCAAGCUUGCAUCACUCACCUUUGCCCAUCUCACCAAGAAAGUGUUGGUUGAGGUGCUGAAGACAUCAUCCAUUCAAGAACUCGAGGUACAAGACGUGAUUACAGAAGAAGGGCCAAAUUGGAUGACCCAUUUGGUCAAGUUCCUUACAAGUAGUGAGCUGCCAAGUGAUCAGGUGGAAGCUAAAAGGGUUCAGAUCAAAUCAAGACAAUAUGUGUUGCAAGGAGAUAUCCUCUACAAAAAGGGAUACCUUACACCACUACUUCGAUGUGUCGGACCAGAGCAAAGCCAAUAUUUGAUCAAGGAAGUUAAUGAAGGGAUAUGUGGGGCUCACUACGGCCUAAGAUCAGUUGUUUCCAAGUUAAUGAAUCUUGGAUAUUUUUGGCCCACCGUGCAUUGA